AUGCUUCAUGAGUUGACCAGCAAGAGGAAUUUGGAGGAGGCCAAGGCUUACCUUCAAAACCGAAAUGUUUCUGAUGCAAUCUUUAUAUUUCAUGGAAUUCCUGUCAGGGAUUUGAUCACUUGGAACGUAAUGCUAUCAGCAUAUGCUCAUGAAGGGCAUAUUCAAGAUUGUUUUAAGGUAUUUCAAGAGAUGCCUGAGAGGGAUCAGAGAACGCUCAGCUCCUACAAGACACUACUCCACUGUCUAUGUGAAGCUGGUCUCGUUGUCAAUGCAAGAGAGCUGUUUGAUCGAAUGCCCGAGAGAGAUCUCCUCACUUGGAACACGAUGAUUGCCACAAAUUCUGGAGAUGGAUCGAUCGAUCAAGCACAAAGAGUCUUUGAUGAGAUGAAAGAGAGAAGCUUGGUGUCAUUUACGUGUGCCAUCAAUCUCUACUCGCAAGCCGGAAAUAUGGACAUGGCCAAGAACAUUUUUUUUUGCGAUAUGCCAUGCUGGGAUCUAAUCUCUUCCAGCGCAAUGCUAACAGCGUUAUCUCGUCAUGGGGAUUUGAUCAAAACCGAGUUUUUGCUCGAAAAAAUCCCGAAGCUUGAAAUGGCGCUCUUGACGACAAUGAUCGGAUUAUACGCGCAAAGUGGGCAGAUAGAGAAAUCCAAAACACUAUUUAUUUGCCCUUCCUUUUCAGACAAGGAUGAAAUUUUCUGGAAUUCAAUGCUUACAGAAAUUGCCGUGAAUGGGCAAUUGUAG